GUAGCUUUAUUGCAGUUAUCAUAAUGUUUCCCUGAAGCACAGAGAUAAAAGUCAGUGGAUGGUGUCCAGAAGGAGGUUUUAUGUCCUUUUUUUUCUCUCUUUUUUUUUAAAAACAACAAUUGAAAUCAAAGAUGGGUGUCCUUUAAUGAACACAGGUGGAGAACGCAAUUAUGUGGCAACAAAAAGCUGAAUUUCAGGACUGUCAGCUGGCUGCCAUGGUCCACAUUGGAGAGCCACUGCAAUUAGCACGAAUCCGUUGUCUCCCACAAAUUGUUUUACCACGAGGAGCAGUAUUCUCCCCAUAGGGCCAAAACACAAACGGAGGAGGAGUUGGAACCGUAAGAAAAUAGCUGUGUGAGGAGGGCGGCUGAGGAAGGCGGCUUUGAGGCAGACUACAACUCCCAAGAUGCUCUGCGGCACGCCUGUCCCCUAGGGCGAGUUGCGCGCUGAGAACUACAACUCCCAGCGUGCACCGCUCCAACUGUUGCUUUCCGAUUGGCUGGCUGUCGGGAUGGCGUGGAUGGGGGGGAGGGGAAGGCGGUGCUUUUCCCGUCUCCAUGAGAACAAGAGAGUAAACAAGAUGGCGGCUGCUUGAGCUGAGGGCUGAGCUCGGGUGCGAAGCGCCGAUAACGCAGAUUUCUCUGCCUCUCUGCUCCUUUCUCACAGUUCAUGGCGGGGACCGAGGAGAAGCAAGGAGAAGAGCUGCCCGUUCCUUUUCCUUACCGCCUGCACGAAUUCUCCCAGGGGUACUCCGAGGUGCCCGGCCUGCUGCACAGCCUUCCUCACCAAGAGGAUGAAGAGGAGAAAGAGGAUGAGAUCAAGGAUUUGCAGCCCAUAGAGGAGAGUUUGGAAGGAGUGUUGGAUGAAGACACUGUGGCUGAGGGUCUCCACAAGUUGGGGCGCUCAGCGCCUGGUACUGAAUACGUUUAUCUUAAUCUGUCACUUUCAGGUCGUGAGUUGAGCAACGUUAACAUUCUCUCUAGAUACAUUCACCUACAGAAGUUGGAACUUUCAUAUAAUAAAAUUAAUGAUCUUUCUUGUGUCAGUCAGAUGCCUUAUUUACUAGAACUGAACGCUUCCAACAACAAAUUGACUACAUAUUUUGGUUUUAAGCCACCGAAAAAUCUCAAGGAAGUAGAUUUUUCACACAAUCAAAUACCUAAAAUGCAAGAUUUGUCAGCAUACCAGUCACUAACUAAACUCUUGCUGGACUUUAAUAACAUAGAGGAAAUAAGAGGACUGGAGAGGUGUCAUAGUCUGACUCACCUUAGUUUGUCACACAACAGACUCACUGCAAUCAGUGGCCUUGAGAACUUACCUAUCAGAAUACUCAAUCUGAGCUCUAACCUGCUUGAGAAGAUAACGGGCUUGGAUAGCUUGAAAACUCUAUGGAAGCUGGACCUUUCUAGCAAUAAAAUAGCUACACUAGAAGGCUUGGAGAGACAUGAUCUACUAGAGGUGAUCAAUCUAGAGGAUAACAAGAUUGCUGAGCUGAGUGAACUUGAAAGUAUUCAAGAUCUGCCUCUCCUCAGGGCUUUAAAUCUUUUGAAAAAUCCUGUGCAGGAACAAACAGAUUAUUGGCUAUUGGUGAUUUUCAUGUUGCAACAACUAACAGAACUGGAUCUCAAGAAUAUUUCAGUGGAAGAAAAGGUUGAUGCUGUGAAUCAAUAUGACCCUCCUCCAGAAGUUGUUGCUGCUAAAGAUCAUAUGACUCAGCUUAUGUAUAGCAUGCUGCAGCCCCAGAGAAUCUUUGACAGCACUUUACCUAAUCUCGAUGCUCCCUAUCCCAUGCUGGUAUUGGUUGGCCCUCUUGCCUGUGGGAAGAGAGAGCUUACUCAUAGGAUCUGCAGACAGUUCAAUAAUUUCUUCAGAUAUGGUCCCUGUCACACCACCAGGGCAGCUUACUUUGGUGAAGAAAACAGACUUGAUUAUCAUUUUGUUUCUCAAGAAGCAUUUGACAAAAUGUUGAAGGAGGGGAAGUUUAUAGCAACCUUCAAAUACAGUGGCUAUUACUAUGGACUUGGAAGAGACACUGUGGAUUCAAUUGCCAGAGAGGGUCUUGCAACAUGUAUUCAUUUAGAAUUAGAGGGUGUGCGUAGCUUGAAAACUACCUACUUUAAACCCAGAUACAUCCUGGUGGUACCAAUGAACAAAGUAAAAUAUGAGGGACAUCUGCGAAGGACAGGAUUAUUCAGCAGGCCAGAGAUAGAAGAAGCAGUAUCCAGAGUGGACAUGUACAUCAGAAUAAGUGAGGAUAUCCCAGGAUACUUUGAUGCAGUAAUCAGCACAGAUGAAUUGGAUGAGGCAUUUGCAGAGCUGAGUUUCCUGAUAAAGGCAUACCUGGGUCUGGAGCCACCUGCAGUUUCUGAUAGCAGUCAAAACAUGAAUAGCAAAGCAGGAACAGGUUCAAGGAUACAUUUCUUGCAAGAGCAAAGAUUGUCACCCGGCAGAGGAGUGACUGGCAUUACUCAGUCUUCAACUAUCAAUGAAUUCGUGGACUCUUCUGCCAAAAAUUAUUCAGGAGAGACUUUAGACAAACUUACUGCACAACUGAGCGCUGUGGAAGAAGCUUCUCUCCAAAGACGUCAUGCUGCAGCACGUCAGGCUCUAUCAGGAAAGGCUCCUAGUGCAUAUGUCCAGCUGUUUCAAAGGGACCCUGGAAUCACUCCUGCACCAGGCAGCUCCCAGCAACAAUUAUUGGAGCCAACAGCACGUAGUUCUCUGGUCUCAGAUGGAAAGAGUGUCAUCCAAGCCCACAGCUUCCCCUUGAUUAACACAGAAAGCAGCUGCAAAGGAUUUAGUCCUGCUAGCAGACUAUUUCUAAACUCAACUGGUGCACCUGCUGCUGAAGCUUUGCCCGUUCGGAGCCCUCUUCCCCCUGCUCAUCUUCCUGAAGCUGCCGAAGCUCAGCAUCAAGGUCCAAGGGGAGCUGAAAAUGGAGUGGACAGAUUGAAAGAGAUUGAACUUCAUAGUGACAAUCUUCAGAGAAAACACAGCAAAGCCAAGACUGGUUCUUCCCAUGUGCCUCAGCUCACCAACUCCAAACCUGUGCUGCCUCCAAUUCCAUCUGGGCGAAAGGGCACCAACUCUUGAUGGCCACUGCUACGAAUCUUGGUCUCAAUGACACUGAAGCUUUCUAACAGCAGUACUGAAUUUGAUAGAAUUUCUCUUUGACAAAGCAAAGUCUAUCAAAGGUUAUUUCUAAAUCCAUUUCUGAUUAACUCUCCAAAAAAGUUAUUUAUUUAUAACUUUAUUAAAAAGUAAUUUCUCUGUUUCCCAGCACUAGAAAUGAUUUCCCCAGGCAUUCUCAGCUGGGAAAUGCUGUAGAAUUUUUCCUCACGACCGCAUGCCCAUAUCUUCUGUUAAUUUAUUUAUUUCCUGCCCCUCUCAUUUUAUAGAUUUAAUUGAGGUGUGGAAGCAUAAGAGCUUCUGGUAAUAUUGCCUGUGCUGUAGGAGUAGUGAAUUAUUUUCAAGAGCAAUUUUGCAAAACAUUCAGGGUUGUUGGUAGUGAAAACUGGUUGCAAGUUGUUGGUUUUUUGUUUUUUUUUUAAUAAAAUGUGUUUUCUUAAGAGAGGAGACAUAAUUAUUUCAUUUGCACAUGUAUUUAAACAAACAAGCUCAGAAAAAUUAUUACAAUUUUUGAGAACUGGCUGAAGCAGUAAGUGAAGAUUUUGUUUUUCUAUAUGUAAAACAGAGCUCUGACAAAUAAAUAAAACUCUUGAGUCAAUGUAUGUCCUGAUUAAUUUUCAUUGCCAUCCAUUUGUAGAACAAAUAGUAUGGCCCUUUGCUUGAGCAGACUACCCAGAAGAAGACUGUUUGCUAUUUACAUUACAGAGGUCCUCAGUAGUAUUUGUGUGCAUAGAAGAAGAUACAACUCACUGCCACAAUGCAGACUCGUGUCCAUGGAACAGCUUUGCAGUAUCUCACUUCACCUGUUCAGAAUGUGGCUGAGUGGUUUUGUUGUUUAAAUAGGAUGAACUGAGCAAAGUAAGUAAUGAGUAGAUGCAGAUACCCUGAUCUUAAAUUCCAGGCAAGCUUGUAAAACAGCUCAGCCUUUUAUUAAGUAGCUCCCUUUCCACACUGCAGCUGACCAUAUCCUCGAGCUGAAGCACAGCCCUUCAGAAGCACCAGUUGUUACCACUUUGGGGCAGAACAAAAAGCAGGGCAGCUCUGCUGGGUUCAGGAGGAGUUCAAGUAGCUGAGGCUGCAGUGUGAACCUUGAUGGCUUUGACCAUGGCAUCACAGCCAGGUGAGUGCCUGACUGCCACUGCAUUGUCACAGUAUCUCCAACAG